AUGAGAUUAAUAUGGAUUCUGUAAGUGGUUAUUACGAAAAGAAAUCUUAUCGUCUAAAUAAAUUUUAGAAUUAUCAUGUUCACGUACAAUGUGAUUUUUUUUUUUUUUUAAUGAAUUUUAUAGUGCAUUUUUGGUCGUCAUUACUGGUGGUAUCGAUAGCACUGUGAACCACACUUUUCAUUCACGAUGGUUGUUAAGUACAGCUACAAAAGAACCAACAGAAAAACGACCGCUUUGCCUCGCUCAACAAUGCAAAGAUCUUGGUGAGCAGAUUAGAUUUUUUAAAAUAAUAUAAAAAUAUAUUGUAAUCUGCUCAGUGUUAAAGAAAUAUAAGAAGAUUCUUGAUAUAAAUAGUUUCAAUUUGUCUGUUACCUAA